AACACUUGUACGCAUCAGUUGUGGGAAAUCCAUUAGAGCGAUCAGACUGAAAGUUUUGAGAGCUAGAGAAAGACACUUUUUCUGCUUCUUUCACUUUUAGAAGAGGACUAUUUUUCUAUUUCAUAUACAAUGGCGAACUUAUUACCAGUGUUUUACAUGUUGUGGUCGGUGUCCAUUGAUAAUACAAAACUAUGUAAUGAAACCAACGGGCGUAAUGGGAACGAGACGUGGAUCGGGGCGGGCGAGAGCGUGGCCUUCUCUUCCCCAAAUUUCCCUUCGAGUUACGGAAGCGACGCCAAGGACUGGGUGUUUUGCGCAGACGACCCCGAUGGAAGACUGGAGAUUGACUGUACCGAGUUCGAAGUUGGCUGGAAGUUCUUUUUCUGUUUCAGCGACCUUCUCUUAGUUUCAGCUGACAGCUCCCUUGAGUUUAUGUACUGCGGUGCAGAUGGGCCUCAGUCCGUCAUUACAACCGGGCGUGGAACAGCAGUCUGUCUCAUCCCUUCGGGCGCCAACAAUUUCAAGGGAUUCAACUGCACUGCCACUGCUCUCCCGCCGAGCCCAGACGCGCAGACGACAACGGCAGCCAAUUAAGGCGAAGAAAUCUUAUGAAAAUUCUCCGCAUCGAAAUCUGUGCAGACAAGAACACGAAGCAACUUGCAAUCCUUUGCUUGGAGUUUUUUUGAGUAAGGAAAGAAUGACAUCAGCUGUUGAACAACAACAACAACAAAAAUAGUAAUAAUAAAAAAAAAAUAGUGAUAAAAAGGAUGUAAAGCAAUUAUAGGGUAAUCAAUAGUAGCGACAAAUGUAGUAAGAUGAGGCUUAACACGGCCAAUAAAUAUCCAAUGUCCCUCUAUUCAUAGUUCACUAUUUCUAACUCCUAAAUGAAAAGAGAAACUAUAGAUAUGUUGUACUGUUAUUCAAUUAAGAUGUUUAGCAAACACCUAAUACAUAGAGUGAACAUAAAAUAGUUCCGCAGUUUUAUUAUACAAAUGUAGCAGUUUUAUUUGAUGUGUCUGGCAAUGAUUCCUUAAUCACCAAAUAUAUAUAUACAACGUAAU